CCUUCCUCUCGCCCCUCCCUCCUCCCCCUCCCAUCUCUCCCCCGCUCCUCCGCCGCCCCCUCACCCCCCACGAAUCCCUUUCCGCCAUGCCGAAGGGCGCCAAGAAGCGCGCCAAGCUCAAGAAGAAGCAGCAGCAGGCCCACCACGACGAUGGCGGCAACGACCACCACAACGGCAACGGCAGCGGCAGCGGCAGCGACAACAACACCUCGAGCCGCCGCGACGCUGACCACCACCUCCGGAUCCCACCGAACGUCCAUCAAGUGGAUGUGAACGAGGACUCGAUGGAGAGCUCCGAGGAGAUGGUGACGCCCAGGGCCGCCGCGUCGGAGGCGGACGAGGAGGAGAGGAAGGCCGCGUCCGAGUUGCACGUGGAGCGCGCCGUCGAGGUGGUCCAGGCGGACGUCGCGGGGGCGGGUGAUGCCGGGGAGGAGGUCAUGGUGGACGCGUUGCCGCCCGAAGCCGGUGAGCAGGCUCAUCAGGGUAAGGUGGAUGCGGAGGUGGAGGUGCAUGCUGUGGUCCAGGAACCGGAGGUGAAGGAUGUGGUGGUGGCCAAGGCACCCACGGCGCAGGAAGCGGAGGUGGCCGAGGCACCUGCGGUGCAGGAACUGGAGGUGACGAGGGUGGCCAAGGUGCAUCCUGUGCAUGAACCAGAACCAAAGGUUGAUGAGAUGGUGGUGGUCGGGGAGACGCCUGUCGCACCUGUGGUGCACGAACCGGAGGUGAAGGGUGACGGUGUCACAGUCGUGGAGACGGUUUCGACACCUCUGGUGCAGGAACCAGAGACGAAAGGUGGCAAUGUGGUGGUCAAGGACUCCGCUGAGGUGUCGUGGUCUCGGGAGGCUGUUGACGUCCAUACUACAGAGGUGGUGCGUGGACCUGCAGUGGCAGUGGCCACUUCGGGGCAGCGGGCAACAUGGUGGAAUUGCUGCGGGCUUUUUGAUGGAUUUGCUGGUUCAGAGAAAUAGAUGAAGAUACAGGGUUGGAACUUGGAAGUCAAGAAGACAGAAGAUGCGAUGUUCAGUUCAGAGCUGAUGGGCAUUUGUAACUAAACUGGUAGAAUUAUCAGAUGAAUGAUGAAGCUGAAGUAUUUUGAAUAACAUCGAGCUGAUGUUUGUCCGUGGCCUGUGUUUCUCCGUUUGUGCAAAGUUACACCCUCGUGGUUGUGGUUAAUAUUCUUGAUUUCCUUGUUACUCCGAAUACCUGCCGCCUUGUCUAGUGUCAUCUAGGUCCUGUUUCUGUAGCAUAAACGUUGAAGUGAGUGGACAGUAAAGAAAUUUUAUUCUUUCUGCUUUUGUACUUAUUUUUGGGGGUGUCAUCAGCUAUGUCCCUUUCUCAUGGUUCACGUUAUAAGGAGUAUAUUGUUCAAACAA